AUAUAUAUAUUUAUAGUGCCAGAGCUCAGUAGAUGGGAGUUUGUGUUCUAGAGGUCCCCAAUAGUCAGGGGGGAAGUGCUUAUAAUAAAUGUAUGGGUGUGUGAAUAUGGAUAGAAGAUAGAGAUGAAUGUAAAAGAAGAAAUGAUGGAUGGGGCUGCCACAGAGCAAGAGAAAGCCAUCAAAGCUUGUAGUCAGAGUUGUUUUAGUGCGAGUGCAGGGAGACAUUCCAGUGAGACAGAUAGGGUUACAGCAGACCGGAAUGGAACAGAAUUAUGGCGAAGUGAACCAGCUGGGAGGUGUGUUUGUCAAUGGGAGACCCCUGCCCAAUGCGAUCAGACUGAGGAUCGUGGAGUUGGCGCAGCUGGGGAUCAGGCCUUGCGAUAUCAGCCGACAAUUGCGCGUCUCUCACGGAUGUGUCAGUAAAAUCCUGGCCCGUUACAACGAGACCGGCUCUAUAUUGCCCGGGGCUAUCGGAGGCAGCAAACCCAGAGUCACCACCCCCACCGUAGUGAAACACAUCAGGGACUACAAACAGGGCGACCCCGGCAUCUUCGCUUGGGAAAUCAGGGACAGACUUCUGGCAGACAACGUGUGCGACAAGUACAACGUCCCCUCUGUCAGCUCCAUCAGUCGGAUAUUAAGGAAUAAAAUCGGCAACUUGUCUCAACCCAACCAGUAUGAGAGCCCCAAGCAGUCUCCAUCCCAGCCAACGUUACCCUACAACCCGCUGUAUCAGUAUCCCUACCCCAAUCCCAUCUCCCCUGGCUCUACCAAGGGGGGCUCUCAUCACCCAGGGGUGCACAUGCCCACGGGACAUGUCAAUAUUGCCAGGCAGUGGCCCUCGGCUCAUUCUGUCAACAACAUUCUGGGGAUCCGGUAUGGAUUCAUGGACCAAAGCCCUAUUGCCGGCACCGAGGGCUCUGUGUAUUCUCCAAAAAUGGAAGACUGGGCCAGUGUCAAUCGAUCAGGCUUCCCUGGCAGUCAGAAUAUGAACGGCCUGGAGAAAUCUGUGGUGGAGCCUGAUAUCAAAUACUCACAGUCGGCCUCCAGUCUCUCUACAGUGGGCAGCUUUGUCUCAGCCUGUGCCUACCCUACCAGCAACCAAUAUGGGGUUUAUGGCCCCCCAGGAGCUGGAUACGUCCCCCCAGGACACCACUGGCAGACACAGGGCAGUCCUCUCGGGCACAGCGUGACGGUACAUGGAGGUGACAUUGCAGCCCCAGUGACAUUCAAACACAGGGAAGUGGUGAACAGGAAACCAAACAGCCCUAAUAUAAAAAUCCCAGAGACCUUGAGUAACGUACAUGGACUUCCACUCCCAGCUUCAUCCUCUUAACAACUUCAAGGCACCAGCAACAGACUUUAUGAUGGCGGCACCCACAUGUCUGCCUUACGGAUCAUACCAGGAUGGCCUUUAGGUCUGAAUGUGGAACUGGACCCUGCAAUCACGGACGGCAUUCUAUCCCAAGAGAAGGGGAUGAAAAACAAACUAAACCUUGCGUGAGGUGAUUUAGUGGGACAGUUGAUGAGAAUUUACCCACCUCCUCUUCUUUGUUUAUUCAUCUUACUUCCUUCUUCCUCUUUCAUUGUAUUUUUUACCACCUUCUCACACAAAUAUUUGGCCUCGGGCUCUUCAUCUCUUGUGAAAAUCCUUGGGAAAGGCUGGCAAAAGAUGCUGGGAGCUAUAGUUUAACAACAGCUAAGAGACUCAUGCUCUACAUCCCUCUUCUAAAAUUACAAUUUUAAGUGUGUGUGUUAUAAAUAUAUACAUAUAUGUAUUAUAUACACACACACAGGCACAUGUACAAUUGCAGCUGGAUCCUUUUUGGUGUCUUUUAUUUAAAUACACUGCUAUUUAAUUCUUGAUAGGGGAGUCUUUCAUUUUCCCCCCAAAUACUUGGAAUGAAAUAUAUGAUGCAAUGAUGUGAAACAAUCUUUGUGAGUGUAAAGUAUAGCUAAGAUUGUAAAUGUACAAAUAAAUAAAUAACUCCAUUUUAUUUUAUAUUUUUAUAAACCUAAAUAUCCUAAAAAAAACAAAUUAAACAAAUUAGUUUUAUGUGAUUGUUUGAUAUUUUGUUUGUUGCCACAUUGGGUGCAGGGUACAUAAAGCACAGAAUAAAUAUAUUUAUUAUCAGUUUAAGGCGA